CUAGCAAAAUUAAUAAAUGUCUGUGUUAACUUAGGAUGAUUUGUCUCCCAAAUUCCCCCCACCUCCCUCCCCUGACAUACGCACCUGCGGCACUAUAAACUGAAUUUUGUUUUUCUAGUUUAAUAUCAACCAACUUCACGGAUAAUAAUUGAUAAAUCACCCAUUUCAAUUUUCUAGGUCAUGUUUAAGCAACUCGUAAUAAAAGUAGAUCAAAAUAACUGAUAUGAAACUCAAAAUCUAGUGGAAAAUGAAACAAAUAAACUGAAUAAAGAUAAUUUUUGUAGGCAAAGUAAAUAAAUAAAUGAAUUUUGAUGUCUGAUCAACAAAGGAUUGAGGAUUGAAUUAUUUUAAGAAUGCAGCAAUUGUGAAAUCAGUUUAGAUUCAAUUGUCGAUCAGAAUAGUUGUGCAUUAGCAUUACACAGUGAUUUGUCACUGAAAAUAUUAAUUUUGAACUGAGAGACUUAAAAAUUGAGAAACAUAAUACAUGAAUUUGUAUUAAACUGAAGCUAUAUAGCUUGCAGCACACUUUAGAAAAUUUUAAAAAUUUAUUUCAAAAAUCAUAAAUUCUGAAUUGUCAAGAAUGGACUACAAUUCAUUACCUGAAGAGAUUUACAUCAAGAUUUUCUCACACAUCUCACCAAUGGACAUUCAGUCACUAACUCUAACCUGCAAUUAUUUCAACAGAAUCAUCAGCAACAGCAUGAAACUUCUCAAACAUUAUGAAAUUUGCAUCGACAGCCAAUCAAUCAACAAACUGACUAACCUUGGAGACCGAAAGUACUCAAGAUUUAAACUCAACGGUCCAAUUGACAAUAAGAUGCUGGAAAAUAUUUUUGAAAAGUUCAAGAAUUCGAUGCAAGUCAUUCAAUUUGAUCAGAUGAAAGUUGAUGAAGAUUUAUUGGUGAAAAUUUUGAGUUUUUGUGAUAAUUUAAAGCAAAUUUCGUUCUCAAAGUUUGAGCUUUUGGACUUUGAAACUUCAGAAGAAAAUCUUCAACUUCCAACAUUCGACAUCAAAAACUUUAUAAUCAUCUCGUCAGACUUAACAGUCCUUAAACUCUUUAGAUCAUCAAAAAUCAAAAAUCUAUACAUCAGAGACAGCAAGUUCUCAAAUUGGACGAUCCUAAAUGACAUCACAAAUUUUGAAAAUUUAACAAUUUUUAAGCCAGAAAAUUCAAGAUUUGUGUCAAGUUUCUCAAACAUUACCAUCCAAAAUGUCAAGAAAUUAAGGCUUAUUAACAUUAAUUUUAAGAAAUCUUUAAUACCAUUUGAUGUGGAGACACUGAAUAUUGAUAAAUUAAUCCUCGAGUAUGUCAACAACUGCGCAGACUUUCUAAUUAAAAUUCUACAAAAAGAUUCAACAAAAUUGAAGCUCCUGAGGUCUAUUGGAAUUGCAUAUGAUGGAAUUGCUUGCAAUGUUGUGAAGAAGAAUUGUCAUAAAGUUGAAAAUGUGGAGUCAAGCUUUAAGAUUCCGUUGACGAAACUUGUUGCUUUUGGCAAUACAACAUUGUUAAAGGAUUAAAUAUGAUUGGUGGUACUUGAUAGGAAGUUUUAAAAUGCAUUAGAUUAAGUAAGAUUUUUAAAAGGUCUAGAUCAGUGUUGUCCAAACUGUGUGCUGCGGCACACUGGUGUACUGUAAAAAACUUUUUGAAACUGACACGAGCCACAAACUGUGUGCGACUUCGGGCAUGGCUUACCUUUCAAGUGUGCAGUGGCUCAAAAAAGUUUGAACA